GCUUAGUAUACGCACCGUACUGAGGGGGAGUUUGUAUGGUGUCGCUGGCUCUCCUCAGUGAGUGCUCAAUGUGUGGUAGGUGAAUUUUCGAUAAAACAACUCCUUGAAAAGCAGCCGACCUCCAAAGGACCCCCUUCACUGUUUUUAUAAGCACACACUAAAUAUACCAAUAUGGCUGUCGGUAAGAACAAGAGACUUUCCAAGGGUAAGAAGGGUCUUAAGAAGAAGGCCCAAGAUCCAUUCGCUAGAAAGGAUUGGUUCGACAUCAAGGCUCCAUCCACCUUUGAAAACAGAAACGUCGGUAAGACUUUGAUCAACAGAUCCACCGGUUUGAAGAACGCCGCCGAUGGUUUGAAGGGCCGUGUCUUCGAGGUCUGCUUGGCUGACUUGCAGGGUUCUGAGGACCACGCCCACAAGAAGGUCAAGUUGAGAGUCGAUGAAGUUCAGGGUAAGAACUUGUUGACCAACUUCCACGGCUUCGACUACACCACCGACAAGCUCAAGUCCUUGGUUAGAAAGUGGCAGUCCCUCUUGGAAUGCAAUGUCACCGUUAAGACCGCUGACGACUACGUCAUCAGAGUCUUUGCCAUUGCCUUCACCAAGAGACAGCAAAACCAAAUCAAGAAGACCACCUACGCCCAGUCUUCCCAGUUGAGAGAAAUCAGAAAGAAGAUCACCGAGAUCAUCCAGAGAGAAGUCGCCAACUCCACCUUGUCCCAAUUGACCACCAAGUUGAUCCCAGAAGUUAUUGCCCGUGAAAUCGAAAAGUCUACCCAGGCUAUCUACCCAUUGCAGAACGUCCACAUCAGAAAGGUUAAGUUGUUGAAGCAGCCAAAGUUCGACUUGGGCUCUUUGAUGGCCUUGCACGGUGAAGCUUCCGCUGAAGACAAGGGUAAGAAGGCCGCUGGUUUCAAGGAUGUUGUUUUGGAAGCUGUGUAAGUUGGAGAUAGAGCGUUCUCGCUAGAUCUUUCAUUCCAUAGUUUAUAAACAGUAUUUUUAUAUCACAUCUACACCAAUUC